AUGGCUGUCCAUCCCUACUCUCCUUACACCAACUUUGCAUCCCCCACCACCAACACCACCACCGGCAUCAUGGACUUCGAUCGGGCGGCGCUGCAUGAGUUCAUCAUGCAGCCCGUCUCGCGAGACAUGAUCUCUCAUCUGGCUCAACAAGCGAUGCAGGUCAUCCGCUGCGAACCGCAUGUGACAGCACAUCACGCGCAUGGCCAGCCCACUCCCCCCAGCACGCCGCCCUUGGAUGCAGACCUGCCUCCUCUACCAUCUGUCACCACCUUUAUUACCUCGCUAGUGCUCCGCUCGCAGGUGCAGGUGCCGACGCUGAUGACCUCGCUGGUCUACCUGGCCCGGUUGCGGGCUCGCCUGCCCCCCGUCGCCAAGGGCAUGCGCUGCACAGUGCAUCGCAUCUUCCUGGCUUCCCUGAUUCUGGCAGCCAAGAACCUCAACGACUCCAGUCCAAAGAACAAGCACUGGGCCCGGUACACCUCCGUCCGCGGCUACGAGGGCUUUGGGUUCUCGCUGCCCGAAGUCAACCUGAUGGAGCGUCAGCUGCUCUUCCUGCUGGACUGGGAUAUCCGUGUUGACGAGGCCGACCUCCUGCACCAUCUGGAGCCGUUCCUCAUGCCCAUCCGUCGGCGUCUCCAACUCCAGGAGCAGCGACAGCGCGAGGCUCAGCUGCGUCAGCCCCGUGAAUGGCGUCGCUUCCAUGCCUCUGCCGACCUGUUUGCUGCUCGCCUUCACCGUCAGAAGGCCGAGGGUCGCCGUCUGCCUGGCGAGUCUCCCACACGGAGACGUCUGCCCCCCAGCCCAGCAUCGUCAGCUUCACUUUCUUCCGUCUCCUCAGGCAGCUCCUACUGCGCCUCCCCAGCGUCUGUGGCCGAGUCGGAGCGGUACCGCCCGUACCCACCUCGUCGACGUCCCUCAACCCGCAGUCAUGCGUCCGUCUCUUCUCCGCCAGCUGUACAGGACGUCCCAGGUCUAUCACGUGCUGAAACGCUACCCUCGCUCAGCUCGCGCGCUUCCAGCAUCGCACCCAGCUCGCGAGGCGACACGCCCGCUAGUCUGCGCACCUCCAGCUCGAUAGCCAGUAUGAACGAGGUCCACGUGGUGGAUGGCAGUCGCAGCCCGUCGGUGAGCAACGGCUAUGUCUCGAUGGGCGGCACGAAAGUGGAGGAGCUGUCGCAGCCGAAUAAGAAAGCCCGACACUCCCUGAGUCACGCACAUGGACCCGGACAAACCCACCCGGGGUUUGUAGCGCGGUUCCUGGCAUCCGCGGCAGGGUCGUACAUGGGAGGCCGCCGGCAUUAG